AUGAAGGCAUAUUAUGAGGCCACUGAAGAGCCUGAGUCUGAGGUUCCCUCAACGUCGACAGCAGUUGGCAAUCAAUCCCCUGAACGAGAAAUGCCUAUUCUGAGCUCUGAAACUUCUGCCGGCAGGUAUUAUGUGUGUGCGCCUCAGGGGACUCAUCAUACAGGUCGGUAUUUUAAAGGAGUGCCAAAAGUGGGUGGAAAUCUGGCGUCCCCUGCGCAUUUUUUCGCUGGUGGGGCCAGGCGGGGCUGUCGUGUUGAAUUUCCCGCCACAGCCCCUUCUAUAGCCCCACCAAGCCCCUUCAUAGCCCCCUCCAGCCCAGCCAUAUUUGAGGGGGUAACGCGCGGCUGGUGCUGGCAGGGUUAAUUAAAGGUUGACCAGGCCCAAAGGCUAGUUGGUCCCCUCACCAAAUGGCAAUUUUGCGCUAAUAAACUUGAUCAUCUGCUGUUCCCGGGUACCUGUGAAUUUUAUUUCGGUGGUGGGGCCAGGCGGGGCUGUCGUGUUGAAUGCUCCUCCAAAGCCCCUUCCACAGCCCCGCCUAGCCCCUUCAUAGCCUCCUCUAGCCCCGCCAUUUUUGAUGGGGCUAGGCGGGACUAGGAGGUGCUGGUGCUGGCAGGGGGAGGGGAGGGAUAGUAACUGUCUGAAACUCCGCCGACAAACUUCAGUAUUCGUAGUUAUCAGUGCGCUUAGUGUAACUCGCAGACGAACCCGAAAAAUGGAGAUAAAAACUGAAACCAUUUGCUGAUGCCACAAGUGUACCUGACGAUACCAAGUCUGAUCAAAAAUGUGUCAGGAGUGGGAUUCGAACCCACGCCCACAGAGUGGACUGCGACCUGAACGCAGCGCCUUGGACCGCUCGGCCAUCCUGACACGAUAGCCGGGGCUAAAAUAUUAACUAACUGCAAUACCUCUUAGGUCUUUAAGCCAUCUAACAUCUCGGUUCGAGUUCAAAAACUGACAAGUGCAACAUGUUUGAGCUCUUCUUUCACUGAAGAUUACAUUCCCAUCCCGAAUAUACCAAAGUUUUUAUUUAUAUAUCUUAGUCAAAGGUGAAAGCUAAGGUCGCCGGAAACAAAUUCCUUCAGUGCAACCACCCUUAUUUUUGUUCUAAAUUCUUGAGACAUGUCAUUCGUUCCUACUCUACAACGUUUAAACUCGCUACCCCUACCUAUAGUGCUUACGACUUCCAGUAUGUCGAUUUCGAAAGGUUAGGGCGGACAUUUCCGCACUUCUUCUAAAUUCACAAACCCUUGAACUGUAUUUAUGGAGGCAGGCGACCAAGGCAAAUUACUCACCGAUCCAAACUGCAUUUGCCAUAAUAAAACACGGAAAGUGGAUGUGCUGGAUUCGUCGGGGUUGACAUGUAGAAUUGCGAAGUCAAGGUAAUCACUCACAAGCAAUCCAGGCUAGGGGACUAGUCUCCUAGGUUAUUUCAUAGGCAAUGCAGGAGUAGUUUCUGUUGGAUACGAAGACAGUGAACAAUACCAGUGUGUGCUCACAGACAAUUUGUGUCAAGAACGUAUUCCUUGACUGAGGUAGGUGCCUGCGAAUAGUAUUUAGUGAGUUUAUAUACAUUUGAGAUUACUUCGAUGAUCCACAGCAGUUUUCUAUGGUAAAGGUGUGUACGGCGGACAUUGACAUGACUAUCAGCUAAGCACCUUUGGAGAAUACACUCAAAAAUAUUAUCUGCAUUCCACAGGGUACACACUGCAUUUUAAUAGAAAUAAAUGACAGUUUUUAGGAAGUCACUUACUGUUCUUUCGCCCUCACGAACAGUGUGCCCGAGCCCUACAAACGCACAGUCUACAUAGCGAGAGGUUUGCGAGCACUGCAGGGGAGAAGUGGUCGUAGUGGUAGAAUACCCGGCUAGCACCAGCCCCGUCUGACCCCGUCUAGCCCCCGAGGCCAGACGGGGCUGGGUCCCGUUUGGGCGGGGCUACGGACGGGGCUACGACUGGGCUGUGGACGCGAUAGCCCCGUCUGGCCCCGUCCUCGAAAAAAACGCGCAGGGGAACACCAUGCUCUCCUUGAUAUUAACCCCUCAUUUACGUUAACAGUAUUAUCCCUUUCCUAAUUCUCCGCACAGUAGGUUAUACUAUUCUACUUUUGAUCGCUGUACACCCAUAACCCUUACUUUUACUAAGUAUUACCCAACCUCUAACUAUAGUGAUUGCGCCGACAACUCAAACAUUUCCCGAGGUCUACAGGAACAAAGUCAGUGGACAGCAAGUACUGGCAUGUGACAGUUUACUGAACAUGUAUAACAAGAAAAAGUGGUGCAGUAGUAUGUACAGGAGGCAUAUGAGAUACAUAUAUGUAUUGGUCAGUCAAUUAAAUGGCAGUGUUCUGUUGACGAAAGUUUUCAUCCACGGCAGGCUCCUGUAAGAAAAACAAAACAGUUACAAUAAUAAAUCGAUAAUCCUUUUCAUCAGCAUAUUUGGUAAUAUUUUUGUUUUACUAAACGGCAUGCGUGGUGUAUCAUUUAAGCUGCCCUAAGUAACUUUAACUUAAAAAAUAAAAAAAUUGCCGGAAAUAUUAUUAUGUUACAAAUAUUUGAUAAAUACAUUUAGAGGGGACUAGAGGAAUAAUGAGGCAUCUUUUUAUUGUUAUUAUGCCGUUUAAAUCCCCUUUAAAACUAUUUAUCAUCCCUGCCAACACAUGGCCCCGCGGGCCAGACGGGGCUAGAUGGGGCCAGGCCCUGUCCAAAUUUUUGUGAAUUUCCAUCCUUUCUAAUCACGUCAUUCUGCAUUAUAUUAGUCAGAUUUUGCUCUAUUAUUGUUAAAUAUAAGUUUUUUUACUUGUAUAGUGCGUUUUCAGUCGAAUAAAAUCGAGAGAAAGUAAUUUUUCCCAAGGGCAAAUAUUGGCCUUGUUUAAGUCGGUCAUGUACACGCCCACGCGGACGGCACCUAUACGCUAACCGUGUGCACACCAGAUCGAUACAGCUGACCAAUUCAUACUCCAUAUCGGGCUCGUUUCUACUGCAGUACGUUAUCCAUUUACUUGUUCCUUUCUUUUAUGCGAUGCAAUGUGUCAUUGAAAUAAGUAAAUGUUUAGUUAUAGUCUCUAGCAUCGUACUUAAAGUUAUUUAUAAGAAUGGCACGUAAUCUGACUGCUUGAGUGUAGUAUAUGGCGAUGUAAUAUGUGUUAAUGGUAUUUAUAUGUUAAUUCUAAGCAAAUAUGGAAAGGAAAUACUGGGGAAUUCAUCGCAGUACAAUGCACAACAUGACUAAGCGGGCGAAGUUGGCGUACUAUGCCGCCACCGAUGACCCCUCGCUCUCGUCUACGUCAUCUCUCGUAAGGGAGCCAUCACCCGAACCCCCGAUGCCGCACCUUAGCCCUGAAGUUAGCAUUGGCAGGUGUUAUAUGCGUAUGUUAUUAGACGAUGUAGACGACGACCAGGUUGCAGAUGAAAGCUCGAACCCGUUCAGUGGCAAUUGCUUCCUGACAGAUUUGAGGGAAUUCUGCUUAAGUGUCCAAAUGCCGCAGGCAACAUUCAAGUUGUUGUUUCAGUUUUUUGCGGAAAUACCACCCAGAGGUGCCCAAGGACCCGCGAACUCUCAUGCAGACACCGCGAGCAUGCGUUACUGAGUCCCUUUCUAACGGCAGCUACGUCCACCUGGGCCUUAAACGCGGUCUGUUAGGUGAGCUGCAACUUCGGCCGUCGGCCUUGUUGCCGAAAAUACGGGUUCAACUCCACAUUGACGGAAUGAAGCUGUUUAAAGGGUUUGGCCAGUGUCUAUGGCCAAUCCUCGGUCGAGUCAGCUAUCCUGUCCGUGGACUGCCGUGGACUGUUGGAGUGUUCUCUGGUUCCGGCAAGCCUGAGCCUUUGGAUGUAUUUCUUGCCCAGUGCAUCUCAGAACUGAAGGAUAUUCUGACCAGCGGACUUCAGGUCCAGGAUACGGAUGACGUAGUUGAGCUCGCCAACGUCAUCUGCGACACGCCUGCUCUGUCCUACGUCCGGCAAGUAAAAACGCAUAAUGGCUAUUACGGCUGCGACAGGUAAUUGACAUAAUGGACGAAAAUGUAAUCCUCCUAGGUGUUGUCAUACGGGAAGGCCCGUGGCAAACCGCAUGACGUUCCCCGUACACAGCGGGCGUCUGCGAGCUGACAGGUCAUUCCGCAUGAGAAGUCAGGAGCGGCACCACAAAGGCACUUCACCUUUCGAGGACUUGCCUAUUGAUAUGGUUUCUACCUUUCCAAUUGACUACAUGCACCUUAUGUGUCUUGGUGUCAUGCGGAGGCUCCUGCAUAUGUGGCGGCCGGCUAUUGGGAAACAGUCCGUCACAAUUAAUGCCUCCAUAAAACAGUGCAGUCAAUGUUUGCCUGCUGAAUUUUCACGAAAGUGCAGACCUCUUGAUUGUCUGGAAUACUGGAAGGCCGUGGAUACCGACAGUUCCUCUUGUACAUCGGUCCUGUAGUCCUAGCUUUCCAUCUGGAUUCCUCCCGUUAUGAACAUUUUCUUCUUUUGUUUGUUGCCGUUUUUACAUUUUCCCAUCCCAUUUUGCACAAAUCCUUCAUUGAUUUUGGACGUUUGCUAUUAGAUAAAUUUGUUUCCGAUUCCCCAAUAUUGCACAGUCCUGCGGGUCUUGUUUAUAAUGUUUAUUGUUUAGUCCACCUCCACCAGGACGUUAGCCGUUUUGGAGUCUUGGACAAUUUUUCUGCUUUCCCUUUUGAAUCUUUUUUACAAACCCUUCGCAGUACCAUCAAGGGUCCCAGUAAUGUAGCCACACAGGUGUACAAACGUCAUUCUGAGAGACGUUUGCCUGAGUUGCCAACUACCUCACUGCUGUUGGACGACGAUGAGGGGAUACCACGGUCGUUUCAGUUGCCGCUCAGGUCGACCGCUAUUCUUCACAAUGGCUACGUAUUGUCCACCGAGGCGCCUGAUAACGUCGUGCUUAUAGGAGAGCGACCGUGUGUGCUGACAUCUGUGUCGGUUUCCGAAAUAACAUACCGCCCCUUCGAGGACUGCGUCGACCUUUUUACCAGCUCUGUUUCUUCUUUUCGUUUGUUUAUUUUCAAAGUCUCCCGUUUUUCAAGCAGCACAAACACUGCCUCCCUUAGUGACAUUACUUGUUAAUAUGUUUCUUUUCAUAUUGACGAACAGUUUUACUUAAUCCCCCUGUUGCACACCUGUUGUACAGUGACUUAAUUUGCACGUCCAUUCUGUCAUGCUAACAUAAGCCCCAGGCUAAAUUCCACCUUACCUACUACUUUUCUAUUUCUCUUUUCAGUCCCAGUACGUCAAUUGUAAGAUGA